AUGUUCCUUCACCAUGGACUACAUCUCGGCAGUGCAGAGGAACCGGUCACCAGCAGCCUGCCUCGCCUGCUACUUGUGGAGGAAAACAUAAGAGCAAGCGGCCCUGAGAUGGGCGACCUGGAGAUGGAGGGGAGCACUCUUUGGGAGAGAUGCACCCACAAAUCCACAAAAGGAGUGAAUUCCCCUUCCUUCCCCAGGUCUACAGAGGAAAACUGCCCUUCCUCUGCCAGCAGGUGUGUCGAGCAGCUUGGUUACCCCACAAUGGAGUCUUACCUGUUCAGCCACCCAUCAUUGGAGCCAGGAGCUGGAUUGUCUUCAGGUGGUAUAGCAGGAUUAAUUUUUUUCUUUCUCCUGAUUAUUGCUGCUGUUAUUGCUGCUGGUUGGAUUUUGUAUCGUCGCAGGGUCUCUGAACUCCAAUAUGAAAUGGAGAUUGUGUCAGUGAUUGAGGGAAAUUCUGCCACAUUGAAAACUGAGAUCACUGAAUAUGAUCCCAAAGAUCAUGAAAUAAUUUGGAGGUUUGGAGACAAUGACCACAUGAUCGCUCAGAAUCACAAAAAGACCAAUGAUGUCUCAUAUGUUGAUGAUGAGAGGUUCAAAAACAAACUUCAUCUGAAUAAGAAGACUGGAGAUCUCACCAUCACAGAUAUAAGAAUCAGGAACUCUGGAGAUUAUCACAUGAAGAUCACCAGCAGAACCAGAAUUAACAGAAUCACCAAAUAUAAGACAUUCAAAGUUGUUGUCCAUGAAACACUAAAUGUCACAGAAGGAGAAUCUGUUGAACUACAGACGGGCAUUUCUGAACUACAGGAUGAUGAUCAGAUACAGUGGAGAUCUGAAACUAAAGAUGUCAUGAUAGCUGUAAGAAAUGGAAAGAGUAAUGAUGAGAUCUCAAUAAACUGUGAUGAUGAUGAGAUGUUCAAAAACAGACUGACGCUAAAUAAUCAGACUGGAUCUCUCAUCAUCACAAACAUUAAAAACUCAGACUCUGGAGUUUAUGAACUACAGAUUAAGAACCAAAAUAUAACUUCAUAUAAGAAAUUCAGUUUUCUCGUAGAGCAGAAAUGGACGGAAAUGUCAGUGAUGGAGGGAGAAUCUGUCAGACUACCCACUGAUCUUACUGAUAUACAGAUUGAUGAUCAGAUAUUGUGGAUGUUUGGACCUGAAGACAAUCUCAUAGCUAAAUUUCAGAAGAAAAAUGGUUGGAUUGCUGCUGAUGAGAAGAAGACACUUUAUGAUGUUGUUGAAGGGAGAUUUAAAAACAAACUAGAUCUGGAUCAGACUGGAUCUCUCACCAUCAGACACAUUAACACUGAACUCACAGGACUUUAUAAACUACAGAUCAUCAGGAACGGAGAAAACACAUACAAGAAAUACAAAGUUUCUCUCUAUGACUAUACAUUAAAACAUACAGUGGGUGAUUCUGUCACUUUAAAAACUGGAGUCUUUGAGCUAAAGGACGACCAUCAGAUACUGUGGACGUUUGGAAAUAAAAACACCCGUAUAGCUGAAAUCAACAGAGUCAGUGGUCGUCUGUAUGUAUACGAUGAUAAUGAUGAGAGAUUCGGAGACAGACUGACAUUAAAUGAACUGAAUGGAGAUCUGACCAUCAGAAACAUCAUGAGAGGACAUUCAGGUGUUUAUAAACUCCGGAUCAACAACAGAUCAGAGAGUAAAUGCAAGAGUUUCAUGCUUACUGUAAACGAGAAAUGGACAGAAAUGUCAGUGAAGGAGGGAGAAUCUGUCAGACUAUCCACUGAUCUUACUCACAUACAUAAUGAUGAUCAGAUACUGUGGAUGUUUGGACCUGAAGACAGUCUCAUAGCUAAAUUUCAUAAGAAAUGGAGUUGGAAGAUAAUUUCUUAUGAUGAGAAGAAGAUGCUUUAUGAUGGUGUUGACGGGAGAUUUAAAAACAAACUACAGCUGAAUCAGACUGGAUCUCUCACAAUCAGAGACAUUAAUACUGAACUGACAGGACUUUAUAAACUACAGAUCAUCAGGAACGGAGAAAACACAUACAAGAAAUACAAAGUUUAUGUUGAUGGUGAGAUAUUAAAAUCUUUUACAUAA